AAAUCUUCCGGCUGGGAAGCCGAGUUGUUUGGCGUCUUAACGUACUUCCCCUCUCAACUCGCUCCCACUUUCUCGUGUCAGGCUCACCCAGGCUCAUCACGGCGUCCUCUCGGGUUAGGUUUCAACAACGCUUUCCAUUAAGAAGCCUGAUUAAUGAGAGAUUCCCUUCCGAAGACGUUUGGAUCGCCCGAAGGAAGGCGAGAGGAAAGCAGAAAGAAGCUUUGCCACCUACCGUAAACACAAUGACUCGACACAGGCCAAGUGGAAAACUGGGCUUGGAGAACAGAGUCCUGAACUGCUAUUUUCUAGGCAAACAUUCUGAUAUAUUAGCGUUUAUGUGCUCUGUACGGUACAUACACCGAGAAGUGUGUGGAUACUUUUAUUACAACAGCGUGUAGUCCUCCAAAGGAGAUGCGUUCUGAGCGCCAGCUAUCUUACCCUAUUCACGUCCACAUAUCCAUAUUAGAAAUAUUUCUCACCACUACAUGUUAUAAGCACCAAACGUGUAUGCAAUGAACCAUCUUUAGCUGGAAACCCUGGCGCCCUAAGCCCGAUUAGAAGAAAUAAACAGCAACGGAAUAAAAAAAAAGAAUCUUGUUACUCGGAUCAGCGUUUCGUUCCAGAGGACGCGCGGGGCGGGGAGCGGAACCUAGUGUCUUAGGGUUGCUUUUCCCUGAUGGUGGGACCGCAAGAGUGGCGCACCGUCAAGAUGGCUGCUGGGCUGCGGAAACGCGGCCCGCCGGGUCCCGUAGCCCAGCCGGCGGGACUCUGGAAACAAUGGCUACAGCGGGCCUGGCAAGAAUGCUGCCUUCUGUUGCGAGAGCCGCGCUACACACUGCUGGUGGCCUCCUGCCUUUGCCUAGCAGAGGUGGGCAUCACCUUCUGGGUCAUUCACAGGGUGGCAUACACAGAGAUUGACUGGAAAGCCUACAUGGCCCAAGUGGAGGGUGUCAUCAAUGGCACAUAUGACUACACACAGCUGCAGGGUGACACCGGACCUCUUGUCUACCCAGCUGGUUUUGUGUACAUCUUUAUGGUGCUGUACUAUGUGACUGGCCGGGGCACGGACAUCGCCAUGGCCCAGAACAUCUUUGCUGUGCUCUACCUGGUCACCUUGCUACUUGUUUUCUUGAUAUACCACCAGACCUCCAAGGUGCCUCCUUUCGUCUUUUUCUUCAUGUGUUGCGCCUCUUACCGGGUCCAUUCCAUCUUUGUGCUGCGGCUCUUCAAUGACCCAGUGGCUAUGGCAUUGCUCUUCCUAAGCAUCAACCUCUUCCUGGCAAACUCCUGGGGCUGGGGCUGCUGCUGUUUCAGCCUGGCCGUCUCUGUGAAGAUGAAUGUGCUACUCUUCGCCCCUGGGUUGCUGUUCCUUCUUCUUACUCAGUUUGGCUUCCGUGGUGCCCUGCCCAAGCUGGCCAUCUGUGCUGCUGUUCAGGUGGUGCUAGGACUGCCCUUCCUGCUGGAGAACCCCGUUGGCUACCUUUCCCGCUCCUUUGACCUUGGCCGUCAGUUUCUCUUCCAAUGGACAGUGAACUGGCGCUUCCUUCCCGAGGCCGUCUUCCUGCACCGCGCCUUCCAUCUGGCCCUGUUGGCUGCCCAUCUUACCCUCCUCUUGCUGUUCGCCCUCUGUAGGUGGCACAGAACAGGGGAAAGUAUUCUGUUGUUGCUGAAGGUUCCUUCCAAGAGGAAAGUUCCACCCCAACCCCUCACACCUAACCAGAUUGUGUCCACCCUCUUCACCUCCAACUUCAUCGGCAUCUGCUUCAGCCGCUCCCUCCACUACCAGUUCUAUGUCUGGUAUUUCCACACCCUGCCCUACCUCCUGUGGGCCAUGCCUGCACGCUGGCUCACACACCUGCUCAGGUUGCUGGUGCUGGGACUCAUUGAGCUCUCGUGGAACACGUAUCCAUCCACAUCCUUCAGCUCUGCCUCCCUGCACAUCUGCCAUGCUGUCAUCCUGCUGCAGCUCUGGCUGUCCCCUCAGUCUUUCCCCAAGAGCAUCCAGCCUAGCAAGAAAACUCACUGAAAUCCACCUCAUCCUUCUAGGACCCGCCCAGGAUCGUGGGUGGAAUGGACUCUGUGUUUAGAAUAAACCUUGCCAAGUCCA